GGGCGUGGUUCCUCGUCAAUGUUUAUGUAGUCCAGUGUCCGUGUAUGCAAUAGCACCAAGGUCUCUGCUGCAAUGUGAUUUUAUAACGCUGCUUUGCCUUUAUGUCAUUCCGUCCACAUCAUGCCACCGAUUUUAAAAUGGCGGAUCAAUAACAGGUGAAACACGGAGGAAAUCGAGGGAAACGGCGCCGCCGGGAUGGCGGGCGCCUUUGGGUUCAAAAGCUGCCAGAAAAUCCGGGGUCCGCAGAUUAGAAAUCUGUUGGCGGCGAAGGACUUCUUUCUCUUCGACUGCGACGGGGUCCUAUGGCAUGGAGAGAAUGCGAUUUCUGGCGCAGCAGAGGUGGUGAACUCGCUCACCCGACAAGGCAAAAACGUAGUGUUCGUCACAAACAACUGCACCAGGCCCCGGGAGAGUUAUGUGCACAAGUUCUCCAGGCUGGGCUUCACUGACGUGAUGCUGGAGCAGAUCUUCAGCUCGUCGUACUGCUCGGCUCUCUACCUGAGGGAUUUCGUCCAGGUCAGCGGCCAGGUGUUCGUCAUGGGCUGCGACGGACUGCGCAGAGAGCUGCAGGAGGCGGGCAUCCCUUGUGUGGAGGAGGCGGACGACCCGAGCGCCACCAUCUACGACUGCCCCUUGGCUCCCGACGUGAAGGCGGUGCUGGUGGGACAUGACGAUAAACUGACUUUUCUCAAACUGGCCAAAGCCUCAUGCUACUUGAAGAACCCGGAGUGUCUGUUCCUGGCCACCGACACCGACCCGUGGCACCCGCUGUCCAGUGGACGGAUACUGCCAGGUUCUGGAUCCCUCACUGCCGCUCUGGAGGUGGCCUCAGGCCGCAAGGCCACUGUGAUUGGCAAGCCCAGCCGCUUCAUGUUUGAGUGCAUUUCCAGCCAGUUCAGUGGGGUCGACCCUGCCCAGUGCCUGAUGGUAGGGGACCGUUUGGAGACCGACAUGCUGUUCGGGUCCAACUGCGGCCUUGAUACCAUGCUCACUCUCACCGGUGUGUCUCAGAUUGAGGAGGCCCAGGAGUACAGGAAUAGUGAGCUGACCACCAACCACAGCUUCGUGCCUAACUAUGUGGUGGAUACUAUUGCAGAUUUCUUACCCGCUUUUGAGGAACUGGAGGAAGAGGGUAAUUGAUGAGUCCUUUUGCCUCCAGUUCACAGCUCAGAUUACAUCUACUAUCCUGCAAGUGCAAUGCUUAGUCUGGCGUUUUCCGAAAAAAAAAAGAUCAUUCCAAUACAGACUGAACCAACCCCCAUAAAUACUCCUCAGAACCAAGACGCUGUUUAUGUUGUAACAGAGACAUGAAUAGGCCACAAUAUGCUUCUCAAACUUACAAAGCAAUCCAGUGCAUACUUAAGUGUUUCUUAUCGUGAUGUGCCCAUUUGUGACUUGACAGUUCCUUGUUGCUGUAAGUGUUUAUAUUAAUAUAUGAAUAUACUGCACUUCAUUGUUCAGUAAGUUCAUUGUUGGUGUUAGAUCUUGGGGGUUUUCAACAUCCAGUUAUUUUUGUAAAGCCAUGAAUUGUUAUCGAGUGGCAUUCAUGUGUUUAGGAGCUGGUUAUUUAUUUUCGUGCCAACAAGGCAGACAUGUACUUAUUAACACAACUGUUUCCUCAAGUGUAUUUGCCUGGGUGUGAUCUCCCUUUGAUUAAUUCACAACUAGAGGAGAAAACAAAAACUGUGUGAGCUUCUCUAACCUCUGCUCGAGGCUGAAAUGACAAUCUGUUAGUCAAACAAGUGAAGUGUAAUUUCACUGUAAUGUUUGAGCAACUUGUGCCAAUAUUCAUCUGAGUAAUAAUUCACGGACUCUCCUUGUUAGAAAACCAGUAGCAUAUUGAUGGUGGCUGAUCAUAAUGCACUGUUGUGACAUUUUAAUGUUGUUAAUGUUUACCAUAUAGAGCAUGUCCGCAACAGUAACAACAAUAAAUACUUAAAAUCAA